AUUGACAUUUGGUGACUGACGCUGUAUAGCGAUGCACCUGUAGUUGGUCUUCAUAAGGCUACUUUUCUCCAUUUGGGAGUAUGGCAUUCAAAAGCUAGGAGAAGUUGGGCGUAUGGAUCGCUGACUGAGUGUGCAGUCCAAAUAUCGCAUAGAAAUAAAAUAUCGUCCGAACAAGCACCGAAGACGUCCGAGUUCGCAAGAUGACUGAUUCACAGCCGGACGGCCCUAGCGGCGGCACAAAGAAGUCGCCGUCAUCUCCGCUCACCUGCGAGGAGCUGCAGCAGCUGCAUCUGCUAUUGUUGGGCUUGGAUCACGAUGCUGUGCUGCACCGUCAGAGGGAGCUGGCCGAGUUCGGCCAGCUGGAGGGCCUGCUGGUGGAGGGUACGGCGCUGACGCCUAAAGGUCUGCGGCUGUGGGUGCUCGGACCGGGCGGUGGGACCGAGGACGGGUCGGUCGUAGCCGCCGUGGAGGAGAGGAUGCUGCCCAAACACAACAUUCGUGCCCGCGAGCCAGUGGAGGUGACCGCAUCCAGAGCGGACCGUGAGGAAUUCAGCGCAACUCAGAAGGCAGUGGUGUACGAGGUUAGCAAUGCUGACAUCACGAUCGUCAUGGAUAAUGGUGGAAAACUCACUCAGGGCACGGUAGUGGAUAUCAAAAGAGUGGAUGACGAUUCGAUUCACAAGAAGAUGCGUUACAUCAUGAGGGGACUUAAUGGCAUCUCUGGGAGAGCUCUCCGGCUGCGAGCAGUUCUGUUUGGUGAGUGGCCCGUAGAAUCCGCGGAUAAACUGCCGGCGAAGCUCGUCAACGCAAACGGAAAACUGGACUUCUACAACGUCGGGUUGAACCAGCUUCAGCGCGACGCUGUGGAGUUCGCUGUCCGUCAGAAGCAUCUGGCCGUCAUCCAUGGUCCGCCCGGGACUGGCAAGACCACCACCAUUGUCGAGAUAAUCCAGCAACAUCUAAAGCUGGGCUGUCGCAUUCUAGCGUGCGCCCACUCUAACAUGGCCGUGGACAACAUGCUCGAACGGCUGGACAAGAAAAAUUCCACCCGCAAUCUUGACCUCAGCAUGGUGCGUCUCGGACAUCCAGCCCGCAUUAGGGAAUCCCUGCUGGACUUUUGGCUAGACAAAGUGGCCGAGUCACUUGAGAAUGGUGGGAGCAGCCGUCAUGACAAUAACAACAGGUUCCGAAAGGAACUAGCCAUAGAGAAGUCCAAAGUUGUCUUCUGCACACUAGCCAACGCGAGUAGAGAUGGCUUGCUGGGAGUACCCAGACGCCUGGGCCUGGGGGCGUUUGACCUGGUGGUGAUUGACGAGUGCUCCCAGUCGGUGGAGGCUGCCUGCUGGCUGGCAGCGCAGCGGACCGGGAAGCUGUUGCUGGCCGGCGACCACCGCCAGCUGCCUCCGACCAUCAUCAGCAAGCCGGCGGCGAACCUCGGCCUGGAAGUCUCCCUGAUGGAGCGUCAGAUGAAGCGGCACGGGGCUUUGGUGGUGCGCAUGCUCUGCACCCAGUACCGGAUGCACGAGCUGAUCCAGCAGUGGCCGUCGCAGCAGCAUUACGGCGGUCGUCUGGAGGCGGCGCCGGCCGUGCGCCAUCACCGUCUGACCGAUCUUCCCCGCGUGCGCCGCACGGACGACACGGAGCAUACCCUGGUGCUCAUCGACACGGCCGGCUACGGGCUCACCGAGGCCAGACCCGACCACGCUGGCUCGCGAAGCAACCAUGGCGAGGCUGACAUCGUGGCAGCGCACGUGGGUGCCCUGGUGCAUGCCGGCAUGUCCGAGGACCAGAUAGGCGUCAUCACACCAUACCGCGCACAGAGCACCCGAGUGCGUGACCUUUUAUGGUGGCGCUAUCUGGAAGAGGUUGAAGUCCAAACGGUGGACGGUUUCCAGGGCCGCGAAAAGGAGGCCAUCGUGGUGUCGUUGGUCAUAUCCAAGAAGCCAGGCCUGAGCUUCGUGACAGACAAGCGCCGCAUCAACGUGGCCAUCACUCGCGCCCGGCGACAGCUGGUGAUCGUCUGCGACACGAAACUCAUGAGCCAAGACAAAGACAUGCAGUCGCUGCUAGAGUACAUGCGGCAAAAUGGCAAAGUUUGGACGGCAAAUGACUAUGCCGAUGAUCUGAGCACGGAAGUCCGCGCUCAGCUCCGUGUCGGCCCAAGGCGCCACCGAAAACAUCGCGGCUCCCGCCAUCCCGAUCAGCCCAAGACUAACAAAAAGGCUCCGCCGAAACGCGGGACUAAGAAGACCUGAGGUGCUCUGCGACCGAAGAAGGGAACUUAGGGCCAUAGCCUUAUCUCGUUGCAUUGUCAUGUAAAUAUCGUAUUGCUUAUAGUGCAGACAGACUGUGACCGCUCGCACACUCAAAUACAGG